AUGGCCUCCCACAAGGACCUCCCGCCCGUCUCCUCCCCAUCCCUCAUCCUCGCAAACCCCACCUCCGAGGAGCGCCUCCGCGUCUGGAAGGCCACCCACCCCCAUUGGGGCUCAGCUCUUACGAUUGAAGACUAUAUCCGUCGUGAGGAUGACAACCUGGAAGCUCCUCUUGCUCGGGACGGUGGUGUCACCAGCUGGAUCUUGACUGACGGCAACCUCCCCGCCGAUGGCCGCCCAAUCCUGUCUUCCUGCGAGACAUACAAGAAGAGAGCUCUUGUUUCUAGCAAGGAGGGCGCUGUUAGAGAGGGCACUGCCUAUGGUGUGGCCAGCGUCUUUACUUUUGUCGAGUGCCGAGGAAAGGGAUACGCCAGCAAGAUGAUGUCCUUGCUCGCGGAGGAACUCCGAGGCCGACAGCAAAAGAACCAAGGAGAUGCUGACUUCUCAGUCCUUUGGUCAGACGUGGGCAAGAAGUUCUACAAUGCCGUCGGAUGGAAGCCCUUUGAAAGCACAUACCUCGAGGUCCCAGCCACCAAGAGCGAGCCAACUUCCAACUCGGCCCUGAAGCUCAUCACCGUGGACGACCUCCCCGCGCUGGCAGACCGAGAUGAUAAGCUCAUCCGAAACAAGAUUGCCUCCUCAUCCUCUCAGAUCCGCGCUGCUGUACUCCCCGACCUCACAACCCUUAGGUGGCACCUACACCGCGAGAACUUCAUGUGCAAGCACAUCUUCUCUCGUAUUCCUACCACCCACGGCGCAAUCUACACGCCCCCUGAGGCCCCCAACUCCAGGAUUUGGGCUAUCUGGACCCGAAGCUUCUACGGAGGCCUGGAGAAGCCAGAGAAGAAUACUAUUCACGUCAUCCGCUUGGUGAUUGAGGAUGAGAGCAUCUCAGACGAAGCGCUUGCUGCUGGUCUCCGAGCCAUUGGGAACGCUGCCCAGAAGGAAGCUGCCGAGUGGUUGUGCUCUAAGGUGGAGAUCUGGAACCCUGAGGAUCGGAUCCGACGGGUGACCGAAGGGAUCCAGGAGCUUGGAGCCAAGUUUAUCGUCAGAGAGAGUGAGAAUCUUGCCAGUAUGCAUUGGUUCGGAGAGAACUCAAUCGAAGAGGUUGAGUGGGUUGCCAAUGAGAAGUUUGCCUGGUGUUAA